GCUGACACACUCCUAGUUUGUUUGUUUUUUUUUCGUUGUAACUUACCGCAGAGUCGCAAAGUGUCCUAAUACAAAUUCACGGCAUAUACUUUACAGCCGCCUUCGACAUACGUAAGCUUGUGUUUUCAGAUCGGGAUGGCUGUCGUUAUUUCAAAUCUGCUGGUCGUUGUACUGUUGACACUUGCACUUUGCUCCAGCACCGAGCAGCAGAAUUUCUUACCAGGAAAUAAAACAGAAUUGAUCCUAUCGUUGACCAACCAAAUCAUCAGCAAGACCUCAUUCUCUCCGGAACUGUUUAAACAUCAGAUUAAGGAUAAAAUGUCUUACAAAAGCAGCAAAAAGGAACCGAACAAAUUUACUGAACUGACGAAGAAAAUGAAAAAAUGGUUGAAAACAAAAGACGAAAAGAUUAUCGUGGAACAUUUGAUAACAAUUCCCGGCACUCCUACACCUUUCAUUAAUGAGCCUUUUCCUUCAAAAACAACUUUCCCGGACGACGGCUGCGGCUCAACUUCCGUGCGUUUUAACGACGGCAACUGCUAUCCACUUAUGGGAAGGAAACCAUGCGGUGACCCAACAUACUUUGUCACGGUUGACCCCGUCACAUACAAGGGGCGGUGCACUCCGCGUCUUUGCGGAAGAGACAGGGUCUAUGUCAACCGCACGGACUUGUGUCACGACAUCUACGACAGAUCAGAGUGCGAAGGAGGCCGGCGACUUUACUAUUCCCAAUACGGAGAUACAGUGUGCGAUUGUCCCAUCGGAGAAUUUCCAUUCCCGUACCCUCACGACGAUUGUGUCCCACUUUUUACACAAGGACCCUGCCCCUACGGGCAAGUAGUAGCCAUCAGUCCUAGCGGUUAUUUGAACUGCAUGACAUCCAAAUGCCCCAUAAUCUAUGAGAACGAUAAAUAUUCUUCGAAACCUUGGCAGAAGCAAUUUGUGCCGACCAGCGACGGUAAAUGUUAUGAACUUGGCUCAGAUGGCCCAUGUUCUAAUAAUGCCGACACAUUGUUCGGUCUCGACAUUUUGAAGAACGAAUUGGAGUGCAUUGACGUCACCGAUCCUACGUCACCUUAUUUCUUUUCCAAAGAAGAAAACGAUCUACUCGACAGCGCUUUCACCGAGUUCUCCCCGGAGUACAACCUCUUCCACAUCUAUAUGGCCUACCAGAGUCUUCAGCACGUACAAGCAGAGAAAGACGGUAAGAAGAAGAAGGCUCCAAAGGGAACGUACCAAAGAAGGCAAUCUACGCAAUCUAGACAACCAGAAUCUGUAACAACACAACCUGAAAUGGAAGACAGGUCUGCAGAAACUACUGCGGUACCUAUCACCCCGCCCUGUCGGUCAAAUCAACAAGGAAAAUGCCUCAAUAAAUUUGCUUCCAAGAAACAGAAUAGCUCAACGAAAAAGGUAGUCGCACCUACUAAAAAACAAUAAGACGUGCCUGAGAUGGAAUAGGGCGAAAAUGUGCGUUUUAUUCGGCAGUUAAUAGACUCGGCGCA